UCGAAGUUAAAAUGAGUUUGGAGAGCAAGUAAGCACGUACACAGUUGGCUGGAUAUAUUUGAGUGCACGUGGAAUACAUUUAAAACUUUCAACAUUCUAAGAUUCUUUGCGGGUUUUCCAUGCGCUUCAAUAAACUACUUGAAUAAUAAUAAAAAUGUUGCCGCUGUAAAAGUUGCGAAAGUGUCAAACAAAAGGAGCAUAAAUCAAACAAGCUGAAGGAGGGGUAGUAGAAUUAUAAUAAAAAGAAGAAGAAGAAGAGCAGGCCACACAAAAGUAGACGAAAAUGCUAAAGAGAAAAUAAGCAGAAGCACCACAAAAGCAGUGCCACCGAAUGAAAGACGUUACAAUAAUACCAUUGUAAGAGCACGUAGUUAAAAAUCAAAGGACACAAAAUUAAUUUUUGAAAGAUCUAUUCAAAAUAUCAUAGAUAUACAUACAUAUAUGUACAUACAUACAUACGUAUAUAUAUAUUAGAUACAAAAGCGAAAAGGAAACUCUAUCAAAGCACCAACCGAUUUGUUUUGCACGACUUUCAAAAGCACUUCUUGGCAUAGAAAACCGCAAUUAGCGCACUUUUGAGGCAAGGCAAUAAAAUCCCAAAAGGCUUUGGGACACAAACAAAAAGGAAAAACAGAAAUUAAUAAGAAAACACGAAACAAGAAUUAGAAAGAAAAAAAUAACUGUGAUCAAAGUUUCCAAAUUGAAAAACAAACGAAAAACUCUCCGUGCGACCCACACAUUAAGCAACAAAUAAUAACGGUAUUAACAACUGCAAAUACAUAAAGCUUAAGAAAAGCCGAAUUAGUCACAAAUUGAAAAGCGCCAACAAUAAAAAAUGCAACAAAUCAAGCCAUUACUCGUCGUAUUCCUAUUCAUGGCGACCAAGUGUCCCAAUUCAUCAUCGCAGAAUCUUCAUGUUUACUCUUAUAUUACAGAGCCCAACUCACAGCUCGACCCGGAUCCAGAGUUUUUGGGCACCAUCAACAAUGUCACAUAUCCAGCGGGACGGGAGGCGAUAUUGGCGUGUUCGGUGCGGAAUUUGGGUAAAAAUAAGGUCGGCUGGUUACGUGCUUCUGAUCAAACUGUACUAGCACUCCAGGGCCGCGUUGUUACACACAAUGCUCGGAUCAGCGUAAUACACGAAGAUGCGCAUACCUGGAAACUGAAGAUCAGCAAAUUGCGCGAAAGUGAUCGGGGCUGUUAUAUGUGCCAAAUUAAUACGAGUCCCAUGAAGAAGCAAAUCGGUUGCAUCGAUGUUCAAGUUCCCCCUGACAUCAUCAACGAGGAAUCGUCUGCCGAUUUGGCAGUGCAAGAGGGUGAGGAUGCCACAUUGACCUGCAAAGCGACUGGUAAUCCAAUGCCGCGCGUCAUCUGGCGUCGAGAAGAUGGUGAAAUGAUUUUAAUACGCAAGUCGGGAAGUCGUGAACUGAUGAAAGUGGAAUCCUAUAGUGGCUCCUCAUUGAAGUUGAUUCGUUUGGAGCGUCGACAGAUGGGCGCUUAUCUGUGCAUUGCAUCGAAUGAUGUGCCACCGGCAGUUAGCAAAAGAGUUUCGCUCAGUGUACAAUUUGCUCCUAUGGUUCGAGCUCCUAGUCAAUUGCUGGGCACUCCACUCGGUUCGGAUGUACAACUGGAAUGUCACGUCGAAGCAUCGCCCUCGCCGGUGUCCUAUUGGUUGAAGGGGGCACGCACCUCCAGCGGCUUUGCUAGCAUCUCCAGCUCGAAUUUGGAAUCAGGACAGCCUGGGCCAGAAAUGCUUUUAGACGGUCCCAAAUAUGGCAUAACGGAAAAACGUGACGGCUAUCGCGGCGUCAUGCUGCUAAUCGUGCGCUCAUUCUCUCCCUCUGAUGUUGGCACAUACCACUGUGUGAGCACGAAUUCGCUGGGCCGUGCUGAGGGCACCCUAAGACUAUACGAAAUCAAACUACAUCCAGGUGCUGCUUCCAUAAAUGACGAUCAUCUGAAUUUUAUAAGUGGUAUUGAGGAAGCGGCGCGUGGCUGCGUGCAUUUCCAUUCGCUGACCAUAUUUCUGAAGAUCCAUUUGGCGUUCUACAUUGUUAAGUUACUAUUGUCAACCGUAACCACCGUGGAAGCAGAGUGCCGGCGGGCGUAGUUUAUGUUUAAGUUCAAAAACUAAUGCAUUUAUUUACUAUUGACAUAUUUACAUAGUGUGUUUGUUAGUUUGAAAAAUAUAAAAGCAAACUUUUCCUAAGAAAAAUCAGAUGACGAAGAAAGAGGUGACAAAGGGCUACUGAUCAAAAGUUGACCGAAUAUUUUAUUCCCUUUUUAUUUAAGUGCUUGCAAUCAUUUCUAAUUUUGUUGAAAUAUAUAAUUAAAAACAACCAGGCAAAGAAAUAUUUUUCGAAAUAGGUAUACAUAUAAAAAAUUAUCGUACGUGGCUUCAGGGCGAACAUAAUUACGCCCAGCAACCGUUAUGUGGCGCAAUGACCAAAUUCAAGCUGAAAGUAAAACCUCCACAGCUUUUUUACUCAUGAAAUUUUCGAAAAGCAGAAAAUGCGGUUAAACUGCAUAUCUGAGCGAAGUAUCCAACUAGAAAACAAAUACAAGGUGAGGUCCAAAAUAAGCAAGACUGGCGUCAUAAAAAUGUUUUUGCUGCCGCCAUCUUUUUAAUGCGUUAGUGCGUUGGAUGUUGCAUCCCUAGCUGACUUUCAGUGAAAGUUUGAUGACAUUCGGUUCAGUGGAAGCAAAGUUAUUGCAUCUAAAGUGUCAGUAUGUUUGUGUCAUCGGUACAAAAGUGAGUUUCGAACAAAGAGCAAUUUUUUUUAAAUGGGUAAAACGUUUAUAGUCCGGGAGCCAGGGGUCAUUUUAACCUCAUCAUUUCAUGCCGACUGACUUUAAUACUGAAGACAGACGCCAUCCAAUGGAUGACGAAACCAACCGUCAACUGGUCCAGUAGCCGUGGGUACGUACGUAGGAUGCUGCGAAACGUGUCGAAAAAGAAUGUUUAACAACUCAUUUAAUACCGGCUGAAAUUUUGGUUUCGCAAUGAUACAUUCUUGCUUCUGCUGACGGUCUUCCCACCACUAUAAACGCAGCUGACCAUCAUUAUUAUAUUUUC